CAAACAAGAUGGAUGGGCUGAAUGGCCUCCUCUCAUUUGUAAAUUUCUUAUGUACUUAUGUAGAACAGGGAGAGACGUUUAGGUUAGCAGAAACAUCUGGUUGGAGCAAUUGUUGUUCUUAUCAUUCUCUCUUUGGUUUUGUUAAACUCACAAUAAUAAAAAACAGGUUAGAUAUCCCAAAAAUUAUGGAAUUCUUAUGUCUUAAGACCUAAGAGUCUUGCUUUGUUGCAUACCCUUCUUAUAGUACAAUUUAAAUUAGAUUUUUGUUCCAGGUAACAUAUAAAGCAAAUCCAGGAUACGUAAUUUACAAGCAAGUUUCCUGUAUAAUGCUAAGGCUAUUAACGUAAAAUUGCAUACUCCAUUGUUUCAAAUUAUCGAAACAUGAUAGGCCUAUGUGUUUUUCCCAUCUGCAAAAUGCUUAAAUAUGUAAUUUCGCAAGUGUUGCUUGGAUUAGAUGGUCAAACUAAUAUAAUGACAAUGUAACGUUAUCGGAGUUGUACCAUAGGAUGCUGUGCUUUUGCGUUUUUACAUAACAGGAAAAAAUAAUCUUUCAUACAAAAACCCAAAAUUCAGUUUUUAACUAUUUAUAUGAGAAGCGUAUUUUUGUUUCGGAGAGAUAUUUAGAUGAAUCACGUGACGUUUAAUGGUAACCCAGAAACCCUUUCAGCUUAGAGCGUCCUUGGCAACCGGACUCCGAAAUACAAUAACUUCGAUGAAGCUAAUUUGUAGGAACAAAUCGUAAUUUUCAGUAAUCAUAUAAAUCCACAAACCGACCACAAACUGAUCAUCUUAAAAACUGGUAGAUAUCUAAACUUUAUCAGAAAAUAUAUAAACAAAUUUAACAAUGGGUGGGGAUUACUAUGUCUCUUUGGAAAUAAACAGAAAUGCGACCGACGCAGACAUCAAAAAGGCGUACCGAAGACUUGCACUGAAGUACCACCCUGACAAAAGCAGUGAUUCCGAAGCCUAUGAGAAAUUCAGUGAGAUCGCGGAGGCUUACCAUGUUUUAAGUGACCCUAGGAAGAAGGCAACUUAUGACAAAUUUGGCGAAGAGGGCUUAAAAAGAGGUAUCCCAUCCGAUCUCGGUGUAAAUGGGGCUUGGACAGAAGGUUACACAUUCCAUGGGAACCCGGAGAAAAUUUUCAGGAGCUUUUUCGGGGGAGACAACCCAUUUGGAGACUUUUACGCGGAGGACGGCAGUGACAUCGACGUGGGGUUUGGAGGUCUGUGUGGGCGAGGCAUGAGGAAGCAGGACGCGCCCAUUGAGAGAGACCUACACCUGGCCCUAGAGGACCUGUUUCACGGAUGCACCAAAAAAAUGAAAAUAUCUCGGCGAGUUAUGAACGAAGAUGGAUACACAUCAAGCAUCAAGGACAAGAUUCUAAGUAUUAACAUUAAACCAGGCUGGAGACAGGGCACAAGGAUAAUAUUUGAAAAAGAGGGUGACCAGGGACCCAACUGUAUCCCAGCUGACAUCAUAUUUGUUGUGCAACAGAAGAACCAUCCAAGGUUCUCCAGACAAGAACAUAACCUAAUUUACACUUAUGACAUUGACCUGGAGAAGGCCCUGACCAGCUUCUCCAUGGAGAUAGAGACACUAGAUGGCAGACUACUCAACAUUCCCGUGAAUGACAUAGUACAUUCCAACUACACCAAGGUGGUGCCUGGAGAAGGAAUGCCUCAGUCAGCUGACCCCAGUUGCAGGGGAGACCUCAUCGUCAAGUUCCAUGUCAAGUUCCCAGAGAAGCUCUCACUCAAAGGGAAAAGACUGAUCAAGCAAGCCCUCACCCUCUGA